CAGUAAAAGAAAGCAAGAGCAAUAUAUAGUUUAUUGAGAUACAAUGUUUGCUGUUUAACUGUCAAUAUAAGACUGACUGACUUUAAUCGCGCAUCUAUAAAACAAGAGAAGAAGGCAUUUGUUUUCUAGCUAUUCAAAUAUUUAAAAGAUCAGUUUCACAUUCGUUACAAUAUUAUUAUAAUAUAAAAGUGCAAUGCAAUAACAGUUCCAAUGGCAAUUUGCUUAGUGCUUAUAAAAAUGUCAAUUGAGGCUGCGCUUAGUAUAUCUAAUAUAAUUGUUUAAAGUUCUUGUUAAGGUAGUACAAGAACUGAAAAAUAAUUUUUGGUUGCCAGUAUACCUGUAGUCGUUGCACUGAUCAGUCGAUAGUUUUGUGAUAAAUUAUUUCUCAAGUGAAUUAAAUUAUUAACCAUGGGACGUGAUUCUAGAAAGGUUUCAAGAGAACUUCGGAGUUCUGAAAAAAUUAAUAAGUCGCGUUCAGUCAAAAGAAAGAAUGUUUUUAAUCCGAAAACAGCCGAACGUGAUGAAAGUAUUCAGAGUACAUCUUCUAAAAAAUUAAAACAAAACACUGAAGAUGAUGUACCUGAAGACAGCAGUACUGAAUUUCGAAUAAUAAAUUUUAUUCAGGUAUUCACUGCAAUUUCUGCUCUUAUAAAAUGUAAAAAAUGUGAUGGAAAUGUAGUGUUUCAAACAGCAAGUACACGUGGGCUGGGAUUCAAAAUUGUAGUUGCAUGUAAUAACUGUGGAAAUGAAUAUAUUCCUUCCUGUUCUUUCGUUGGGCAUUCUUAUGAAAUAAACAGACGUUUCAUUUUUGUAAUGAGAAUACUAGGAAUAGGAUACGAAGGAUUGUGCAAGUUUUGCGGCCUGAUGGACAUGCCGUCUUUUUUAGAUAAAUCUACGCAUACAAUUUUACUGAAACAGAUUUUGAAUUGUAGUAAAGCCGUCGCAGAAACCUUCAUGACGAAAGCUGUGAAUGAAGAAAAGCAAGCAAUGCCAACAACUGAAAAUGAAGAUAUAAAUCAUCUAACUGUAUCGGGAGAUGGAACCUGGCAAAAACGGGGAUAUACAUCGUCAUUUGGAGUUUCUUCUAUAAUUGGCUAUUUUACUGGAAAGAUUCUUGACAUAAACAUUAAAAGUGCAUAUUGUAAGCUAUGUGAGUAUUGGAAAAAAAAAACAAAUACUGUUGAGUUCGAGGAAUGGUAUCAAUCGCAUGAAGAUGUGUGUUCUGCUAAUCAUCAAGGGUCUUCUGGGAAAAUGGAGGUGGAUGCGAUGGUCGAAAUGUUUUCGUAUUCUGAAACUAAAUAUGGAGUUAAGUAUGCCAACUAUAUUGGUGAUGGUGACUCCAAGACCUAUUCAGGAAUUAUAAAAUCAGAUCCUUACGAAAAUACAACUGUAAAUAAAAAGGAAUGUAUAGGGCAUGUCCAAAAGCGGAUGGGGAGUCGAUUACGUACGCUGAAGAGUAAACAAAAAGGUCUUGGUGGUCGAGGUAAGCUCACAGGAAAAUUAAUAGACAAACUAACUGUGUACUAUGGUUUAGCAAUACGCCGGCAUUGUGAUUCUAUUGAAAAUAUGAAAUCUGCUAUAAUGGCAACCUUUUAUCACUACGGCUCGAGUGAUGAAAAACCGAAUCAUGAUAUGUGUCCAAAAGGCGAAGAAUCUUGGUGCUCUUACCAGCGCGCUGAAGCAAGAGGAGAGCUUGAUACCUUUUCUCACGAUUAUUCUCCUUUACCUUCUGAUGUUUUAAAAGCUAUCAAGCCUAUAUACGAAGAUCUUAGUAAUGAAAAUUUACUUUCAAGAUGUGUAGGUGGAUUCAAUCAGAAUAAUAAUGAAAGCUUUAACCAACUAGUAUGGAAAAUAUGCCCAAAAACGGUAAAUACUAGUUUUACCAUCGUACAAAUAGCUGCAUACGUUGCUAUGUGUAUAUUUAAUGAGGGUAUAAAUUCAUUAUUAGUCUUGAUGAAUACACUAGGACUUAAUUGUGGGCCUAAUUCUCAUCGGUAUGCAGAAAGAAUGGAUGCUGCACGUAUCAAAGUAGCAGAUAAGCGCGCUAAUGAUAACACCCGAGAAGGUCGAUUGCAACGUAGGCACCAGCAAAUCGAUAUUUUGGAAGCUGCUAUGUCGGCUGAAGAGCUAUUAUAUGGUCCAGGAAUAGAUGACUCAGUAUGAAUCUCCAAGGACUUAUGAUGAUCACCGCAAAGGACUUCGGGAGGAACGGGCUCUACAAAAACAGCGAUAACUUUUUGAAUUAUUAAUUUUUUUUUUUGAAAUUUUCGUGAAGUCAAAUCGAAACGUGUUCUAAUAAAGCUAUGUUUUUAUUUUUGUCAAAUAAAGUAAUUAACUACAAAAAAAAAAUUAUUGAAAAUCAUCAUUUUUUCAUACC